CCUUCAUGUUUCAAUUUUUGUAAUUUUCUUAAAAUACGUAAUAUCAAGUGAGUUUCAUAUUUUUAAAAUUUCUUAUACGAAAUGAAAAAUAAUUUUACUUAAGUUUAGGAUGAAAAACUUUAUUUUGAAAAACUAUGUAUUGUAUAUUUUUAUAAUUAUUCAAGUGGAUUAGAUGAAAUUCGGGUUGAGUCGGUCGGGUUACGGGUUAGUCGGGUUCUGGUCAAUCGGGUUGCGGGUUAGUCGGGUUGCGAGUCAAUCGGGUUCGGGUUAAUCGGGUUACAGGUCAAUCGGGUUGCGGGUCGAGCGGGUUACGAGUUGUUGACUUUUAGUCAAUUCGGAUUGCUGUCGGGUUGCGGAUCGGAUUGAUCGGGCGGGUUAAUAGGGUCGGGCUAUGUUUUGACACCAUCUCGAGUGCACAGGCACACCGAGUAAGUGGGGUACAGCUAGCUACCUGAUCCAUUCAAUUCAAGCGUGCUCAGGUCAGCUCGCUUUAUAUCCCCACUGGUCAAAAUCAGACAACCCAUCAUAUUCCCAAAGAUGAAAGACCCCUCCUCAAAUAAACACCAAACAGAAAUGGGAUUUUGAUUAAACAAAGUUGCAAAAAAGGGGCCACUAAUUCAACCAUCAUUCUUCUCCCCCCACUCCACCCCCGCAAGGCCGCAAUUACAGUGCAGACACAAAUGAACCAUCAACUGCAGCAGCAGCAACACCAACACCUCCUACUCCCGCCGCCAUGUCCGCCGCCGCCUCCCACCACCACCUCCUCCUCCUCUCCAUCCUUCUCCUGAAACUACUCACCCCACCCGCCGCCGUCGCCCAGAACAACACCACCGAACCUUGCCCGCUCGAUUUCUCCGUCCUCCGCAACCUCGUCCAGAACGCAAGAAUCCCCACCGUCGACCGCACCCAGGCCUGCCAGUACCUCCGCCAGGGCCUUCGCCUCGUCCAGUCCGACUACCUCCGCCGGACCAACGAUUUCCUCCCGCCGCUCUCCUCCGCCGAAUCCUGCUGGCGCUCUUACCAGCGCCUCGUCGACGACUUCCUCCCCAUCCCCAACUUCGACGCCCGCUCCUCCUGCGGCUUCCAGACCAGCUGGAUCUCGCAGGGGUGCCUCAACAUCACCACGAGGCAGGACUUCGAGUCCCAGAUCUCGGCAUCCGAGCUCGCCAAUAUCAUCUCCAAUUGCAAUCAGUCGCUGGAGAACCGAUCCCCUUGCGGCACCUGCGUCUCGGCUUUGACGACCAACGUCCACAGUUUCAACGGGACUUCCAUCGGUCAGAUCUCCGAUUGCCCUGCUUAUCCUUUAAUCUACGCCGCUUCGAUUGUCAAUUCCCUCGGCCCUACCGAUAGCGGCACCGCCAGUUGCUUGUUCUUGCUCGAUUUCACUUCCAACGCUUCCAAUUCCAGCAAAAACUCGAACAAAACCCUAAUCCCGGCCGUUGCCGGUGGAUGUGCCGGAGGGUUGCUGAUUCUUGGAUUAGGGAUCUGGCUGGGGAGGAGGAAAUGGAAGAAGAAAAAGAAGCAGGAGGUGGAGGAGAAGGAGGAACUGGAAAUGGGGUUGGAUGCGGGGCUUGUGAAGUUCAAAUACGAGGAAAUCAAAACGGCGACCAAGAAUUUCGUUGUGCAGAACCUUGUAGGGAAAGGAGGGUUCGGAAACGUAUACAGAGGUGUAUUCCCCGACGGCUCCGAAAUCGCGGUGAAGAGGUUCAAGAACUGUUCCGCUUCAGGGGACGAAAGCUUCGCGCACGAGGUGGCGGUGAUUGCGAGCAUACGCCACGUGAAUUUGGUAGCUCUGAAGGGCUACUGUAUCGCCACCACUCCGGCAGAAGGUCACCAGAGGAUGAUCAUCUGCGAGUUACUCAAGCACGGGAGCCUCCACGACCACUUGUUCGACGACGGGGGCGGCGGCAAUUCGAAGCUCAGCUGGCCGAUUCGACGGAAGAUCGCACUGGGCACGGCCAGAGGGCUGGCUUACCUGCACACGGGAGCUCAGCCGACGAUCAUCCACCGUGACAUCAAGGCCAGCAACAUUCUCCUGGACGACGAUUUCGAAGCCAAAGUGGCGGAUUUCGGGCUAGCGAAAUCGAACCCGGAAGGGGUUUCCCAUCUCAGCACCCGCGUGGCUGGGACGUGGGGGUAUCUGGCACCCGAGUACGCGCUGUACGGGCAGCUGACGGAGAGGAGCGACGUGUAUAGCUACGGCGUGGUGCUCCUCGAGCUUCUGAGCGGGAAGAAGGCGAUGCUGAGGAGCGGCGAAGACGAGGAGAGCCAGAACCAGCCGCGGCUGCUGGCGGAUUGGGCUUGGGGGCUGGCGAGGGAAGGGAGAGCGUUGGAUGUGGUGGAGGACGGUAUGCCGGAGCUCGGUGGAGCUGAUGAGUUGGAGAGAUAUGUGAUGGUUGGGAUUCUCUGUUCGCACACGGAGCUGCACGCUAGGCCGACGAUGGAGCAGGUGGUGAAGAUGUUGGAAGCAGAUAUGGUGGUUCCUGAGAUCCCGGCUCGGCCGACGUUUAUGGUGAACCCGUUGGAUGUUGGGGACAAGUCGAUGGACAGCAUGGGGUUUUCUUCUGGUUACGAUCGACCAUAUGAGAGUAGAGCUCGGAGACUGAAAGAAGAUGAGUCCGACUCUGUAACUUCAGAAUCGUCGUAGCGGCGGCGCUAAAUCACCACCACUGCUACAAAUAUGUCGGGAGAGAAUUGACAGUUACCUCUCCGUAGUCCGUAUGUAUGUAAAUGAGGGUUUUAUUUUUCUUCUGUAAUGUGAGGUCCUUGAGGUGAAAUAUGUGAAGUACACUCGGAUUUUUUUCAUUCAUUGAUAAAAUUGGUUUGCCGCAGAAUCUUUUGUCGUUAUUGGAAAGUGUAUGCAUAAUGCAUACGUCUCAUAUUGUAUGUUUCAGUUUCAGGCAGUCUAGAAGGGAUGUUCGACAUUGCCAUUGGUGGCAAAGGUCCAGGCCACAAAUUACUAAAUUAGUUAGACUAAAUUCAUAAACUAAUAACAACCGUACUAGAAACCAACCAUCAACAAUCCGUAAGACAAACAGAUGAAUAAAUGUCAUUUCAAUGA